CCUCAACCCCUGCAGCCUUUGUGGGGCUCGCGCGGGGCUGCCCGCCGGUUCCCUGCGCCGCCUGCAACAACCACGCCCGUGUCUUGUGCCUUCACUAACACACCAAUCACCACGACGGCAAGCGUGCUACCUUGCGGAGCCCUGCGUAGUAGCUAGCUGUCCAUGUGCCUUAACCAGCCCCUCCGACAUGCCUACCAUACCAAUCUAUCCGCAGUCUCGACAAGGCGCCACUCAUCACUCCAACUUGCCUCACGUCUUGCAGACGCCUUCCGGAUUGGCCGUUGUGGAGAUUCAGGGAACCAUCAAAUGCAGCACUCCGCACACCGGCGCGCAUGACGAUGUUCUUGCCGCGGUUGGCCGAGUGGUGUUCCCCUACUACGACGACGCGAAGGGAGCAGGCGACAACGCGUGGCAGAAACGCGUCUAUCUCUACAUCGGCCAACACCAGCGCUUGACGGGCGAAGUGAAGAAGCUGGCGAACCCCAUGGCUCUCUUGCGGCGAAGAGCGGCCAGUAAUGACGGGCACGACGAACUCGAAAUCGCAGAGAUUGUGCACUACAAGCUCACCUUUGCCCAUCGCCCUGAACCGGUGGGGGCGAAUGGCGGGGAAUGAUAAUGAUCUGCGGUGGUGCAGCUGGGCUGCACCUGCGCCGUCUUGCCGAGUGUGAUCUGUUCACUGCCGUCGUACUCGAUGAUCAGCUCAAGAGGUGUCGGGCACACCC